AUGAGCAACCUCGAGAAAAGUCUGUUCCAGCUCAAAUUUACGACGAAGCAACUGCAGCGCCAAGCAAAGAAGUGCACCAAGGAUGAAGGACUCGAAAAGGUCAAGCUGAAGAAGGCAAUCCAACAGGGAAACAUGGAGGGAGCAAGGAUCUACGCUGCCAACGCGAUCCGGAAAAAGAACGAGGGCCUCAACCUGCUCCGCCUCUCCUCCAGAAUCGACGCAGUCGCCUCUCGAGUCCAGACCGCCGUCACCAUGCGCAACGUCACCAUGUCCAUGACCAGCGUCGUCAAAGGCAUGGAUAAAGCCAUGGAAUCCAUGAACCUCGAAAAGAUAUCAAUGGUGAUGGACAAGUUUGAGAGCCAGUUUGAGGAUCUGGACGUACAGACACAGUACAUGGAGAACACGAUGGGCAACCAGUCGGCAUUGACAACACCCCAGGACGAGGUCGACACGCUGAUGCACCAGGUCGCAGACGAACAUGGUCUCGAACUCAAUGAAGAGCUCAGAGAGACACCCGAUACCCUUCUCAACAAGUCCAAGGAAACCGAAGCCAAGGAGCAGGACGAUCUCUCUGAGCGUCUUCGGGCACUCCGUGGAUAA